AGUCGCAUAACGAUAGCGGCUUCUUAAAUGCAGAUGGGUCGUGUAUACCAACGUCAGUCGUUGGGUACGGGCCUCAUCGGCUGGUCGGGUAUGGACCCUGUAGUUCGAUGUGUUACACGCGCGGCACGUCGUAUUGACCGCGUUAUUAAGCCGGUGUAAUUUCACAAUUCGAAUGUCAUUUCCCGCGCUGUGUUAUUGAACAUUUAAAAAACUGGCAUUCAUGUUAAAUGUGUUUAAGUAAAUAAAUAUCGGAGAUUCAUUAGUGCUGACAAAAGAUGUUAAGUCUAAUGAUGCGAACAAAGGAUUGUUAUCCAAAGCGCCGGUGUUGAAGGGAGUGAUGUAGCGUUCGGCAAGCGCGAUGGAUCACUGGGUGACGGCGGCGAGCGCUCUUCUCGCGUUCCUGCUCUAUUACAACACCCUCGACGCUGGAUUUGUUUACGAUGACAGACGGGCGAUCCUCUCCAACCCGGAUGUCAUCGGGCACACUCCGCUAAGAGCCUUAUUCGAAAACGAUUUUUGGGGAACACCGCUCACCGAUCCAGGAUCCCACGGCUCUUAUAGGCCAUUGUGUGUUGCCACAUAUCGCUUAAAUUACGCCUUUAGUGGCUUCAAGCCGUGGAGCUAUCACUUCCUGAAUAUAAUAUUUCAUUCGACAGCAACUGCUCUUGUUGUGAUUACGGCGAGGCGUUUACUACCAGCGUAUUGUAUGAGAUUGGGAACAGUUGUAACUGGAUUCACGUUUGCUGCACAUCCAAUACACACAGAAGCAGUCACUGGUAUCGUUGGAAGAGCAGAUUUAGUCGCGUGCAACUUUUUUCUCAUAAGUUUCCUCCUUUAUACGGAACAUUUGAAAAUCCGCAACCAAAUAAAUCGACGUUACUGUCGUCACAACUAUAAGCAAUUAGUGCAUCGUCAUUCGGAUGAUUUAGAUCACUUCCGCUUAAGUUGCCACGGACUUGUGCAACACAUAUUGAUGAACUUUCGAAAGUUGCUAAAGGCCAGUAAAGCAGGUCCUUUAAAAGUGCUGGAUGUGUGUCAAGUUCCUGUUGCAACGGUUAAAGUCAAGUGUCAUAAGUGUGCAAGUUUAGAUACAUAUGAACUGCUAUAUUGGUGCACGUUGGUGGGAACUUUUGUAUUUGCCACGGCUGCAACUUUGUGCAAAGAGCCAGCCAUAAUGGUUGUGCCUCUAUGCAUAAUUUACGACUUCCUAAAAGACAUUCGACAGGAGGAGCCUUAUUCAAAGUAUCGAUGGAGAAGCGUCUGCGCAUUGGGAACAGGAGGACUUACAUUAUUGUACUGGAGAUUGGGAAUAACUGGUGGAAUACCAUCUGGAUUUGCAUCAGCUGAUAAUCCAACAUCACGUGAUCCCUACUUUUUUACCCGAUUGAUGACUUUCACUUAUCUCCCAGUUUUUAAUUUCCUCCUUCUGUUAUAUCCCUUUCAACUAAGCUUUGACUGGUCCAUGGAUGCGAUACCAAGAAUAACUUCAAUAUUCGACGCUAGAAAUAUUUCCUCAAUCAUAUUUUAUGCAGUUGUCUCAAAAGCAACGUGGAGAAUAUUCAUGAGCGAGUUGAAGCGACAACAGGAAAAGAAAGAUAAGUUUUAUAAGAAACAAAAUAAGAAUAAGCCGAAAUGGAACAAUAAUUGCAAACAUUACAAUAGGAGGCAGGACUGCAGUGAGAGGAAAAGUAAUGUGCCGCAUAAAGAGAGCGCAACGUCAAGAAAGACUUUAUGUCCUUGUAACGGAUGCAAUCAUUCGAUUCCAGAUGAACACACAACUCUGUGUCGCACCUUAAAUAACAACAAUAUAAUGACGCAUCACUCGUCUUGCGUAUGUCCGAUAGAGCAAAGCAAAACGAAGUCACAGAAUAUACAUAAAACUUAUCGCAGUCCUAGAGUUGCAAUGCUAUUAUUUACUGCAUUUAUGGUGCUCCCAUUCGUGCCAGCCAGCAAUAUUCUUUUCUAUGUUGGCUUCGUAGUUGCCGAACGAGUUUUGUACAUUCCUAGUGUUGGUUUUUGCUUAUUGCUCGGCUUGGGAGCGGGCGCUUUGACAAGAAAUUGGCGGCGUAGUGAAUUGAAAAGUCGCAUUUUUAUGUUCACUUUACUGGUGACCUUAUGCGCCAUGUGCACUUCUACGAUGCGAAGGAAUUUAGAUUGGCGUGACGAAGAAAGCUUAUUUCGAAGUGCUCUGCAAAUAAAUCCACCAAAGGCUUACGGGAACCUGGGCAGUAUUCUAACGACACAAGGAAGACUCACAGAGGCGGAGACUGCCUUUGAAAGAGCUUUGAAACACAGACCGAACAUGGCCGAUGUUCAUUACAACCUAGGAAUCCUACAUCAGAACCAGAGGCGGUAUGGGGAAGCCAUCAAAAGUUUCGAGAGAGCAAUUUAUUUUCGGCCCUCCAUGGCUUUGGCAUACGUGAACCUGGGCACGUCGCUAAUGGCGGACGGUAGACUGGCUGAAGCGGUGAGCGCUCUGAGGGCAGGCGCUCGUGCAGAAGGGAUCCGAGUACGUGAUCGCCGGGAACACGACGCGGCCCGGGUGUCGGCAUUAGUGCAGCUCGCCGCUUUGCAUUCACAAAGAGGACACUGGCACAAGGCACUCACAUCGUACAAGGAAGCUCUACAAAUAUUACCAGCUACAAAUGCGCCUAUUGUUGGAUGGACACGACACAAUGUUUUGACAAUGGCAGGAGAUAUUUACGUACAGUUGCAGCAGUGGACAUUGGCAGAGAACAGUGUUCUAUCAGCCCUUUCUCUCGCACCAGAUCACGUUGGUACACACGUCAGCCUGGCCCAAAUAGUUUCAAGAAAUACAAGUCGAAGUAUUGAAGCUGAAGUUUGGUUUAAGAAGGCAAUAACUUUAGCACCUAAUGAUCCGUCUGUUCGAGACCAAUUUGGUAUGUUCCUGAGAUCCCAGCGCCGUUUACGUGAGUCUGCAGAACAGUUUGUGGCGGCAGCGCGUCUGGUGCCAACAGACAGUACUCGCGCCGCAUCCGCGGCAAGAGCGCUUCGAGACGCGCGAAAAUGUCGCGCUGCCGAACGUUGGUACGCCAGGGCAGUGGAGCUCGACCCUAAUGACGCUGAACACCACUCGAAUCUCGGUGCAAUCCUUCAUCUGAAUGGGAAGUACGUUGCAGCUGCCACUUCAUAUCGCCGAGCACUUCAGCUAAAACCCAACGAUGAAAUCACUAUCACAAAUCUCAAGAGAGUUCGAGCACUAAUGAGCAAUCAACGAAGAAAAUAACCUGUCAAUUUGCAAACGUAACAAGCUGUUUAUGGGCGUUUUUUUUUUAUUUUUGUGUACCAACGUCAAUUCAAUUUUUGUGAUAUGGCGUGUGUACCAAAGUCAAUAUUUAACUAUAAAUUAUGGGUUUUCUUGUAAUCUUAGUUCUGUGAACAUUAUAUUUUUUGAAAGUUCUUAUAAAAAGCAUACUGAUUAUUGUUAAAUGUUAUUAAUUUAUCUCAGCUUGAGCAUCUUAAUGUUCUACUGAGUUACAAUAUAAUUCCUUUUGUUUUCAUAAUGUUUUUUUCAACUGAGUUACGUUCUGGCCAUGCGACUCUAAUAUCUUUUACAUUAAAAUGUCAUCACACAAAUGCAGUAUAGAAAUAGAACUAAAAAUCAAUGCAAUGAGAUCAGAUUAAUACUUGCUUUAAAAAAAAGUACAGUGCUCCUUAUAACAUCGAUUUUUUAUGUUUUCAGAAUGCCACUCGUCGUGAGACUCGUGUAUUUUCAAUUUAAAUAUUCAAUUAUUUAUAUAUAAAUAUAACAGUUAUUAAAGCAAUAAAAUAAUCGAUUUCAUAUUUAUUCAUAAAAAUAAAUUAUUUCACGUAAACAUGCCAUAGGCCAGGAAAAAAGUCAAGGUACAAAAAAAUAAAAAAACGCACUGUUACUAUUGUACAAAAUUAUUGUUUGGAUUCAUAUCUCAGCUGAUUUGCUUAGAAUAGUUGUUAUUAUGAAAUGAAUAUGCUAACUCCGUUUCGGAUAGACACGGGUAUAUUUUUGCGCAGCUACAGUAACACAAUUUGGAGUGACCAAUUAUGAAUAUGGACGAGUCUAGUUGGAAAUGUUUUUAUACCAAUGUAGUACAUAACACGCCAAGAUUAAAAUGUUUCGUUUUAUUUAUUAAGAAUUAUACAUAAUUUAUAUUAUGGUAUGUAUAUGCGAAAUGCUCUGAAACAGUGUUUCUGAAAUUAAUCAUCAAUUUAUUUCGUAAAUCGAUAGAAUAGUUUUAUUAAUACGUUGAAGCUAUAGUUAUCACGAUGUCAUUUAAUUUUACUGAAAUCUUUGGAAAUCAAAAAAGAGUUAUUAUUUCCAUUUUGAGAUUGAGUCGCUAUUUAUUUUAAUGUAAAAACAAAUAAAAAUGUAAGAAGAACGUCAGAGCAUAGCAGUUCUAUUUAGCUUUUUUAAAACGUGAAAAGAUUGUGGCUUUCUCAAACGCGAGUCGUAUAUGAAUACGCGAAUUUUUGUACAUAAAUUUGGUUUUUCUAUACAGCUCACGUUCAGUUUACACGUUCUCUAAGUCACUGUGUAUAAAAGUUUUCCCUGUUUCAAAUAUAAAGGGGUCGCCUUUUAGCUGGCGCUGAAUUACACGCUGCUAAUCUGGAUAAAACAUUUUUCGUGUUCGGCCAUUCACUGUUACUUGGCUGCCAUUUGAGUCUUGCGGUUAGAUAUUUUUCUCUCUCGUAUAUUUUACAUUUUUUUGACAGAUUACCAUUAUAAUGACCUGCGGGCCUACCAUGAACUCUUAUUGCGAUUCUUAAUUGAUAACCUAAAAUGAACUGCUUUGCUAUUUUGUAUCACGACGUGAUUAGAGCUAUCUAAUUUAGGAUGACGUCAAAUCAACUGAUUAAAUCGCAAUGAUGUCAAUUGAAUGUCCAAAAUGAUGUCAAUGGAAUUGCAAACUGAAACUUGUUUCGAAACGCAACGCAUAGGUUCGAGUAAGAGAGACAAACUUAUGCGACGACUGCAGAGCGUCAUCUCUUUCUCACACCGCGGACCAAAUUUAUUUUGUUCAUUCUUUAUAAGCGAUCCAAACGCCAUUCAGUAAAAAGCCCAUCAAGGUACGAAUUUUAGUGAUUCAGUUUAGGUACCUAAACUGAACUGCAUCGGAAUCGUAUCGCUUAUUAAAAGUUGAUGGCAUUAAUUUCCCUAUUAAUUAUCCCUACGAGGCAUUAAUUUUAUCUAGCAUGUCAUUGUUAUAAUUAUUUGCUAUAUUUUUUUAUUAAGUUUACAUCACAAAUUAACUGCAUUACUAAUAAUAUUAUUUGUAUUAAUUUUGAAACAGUAAAGCUUCCUUGAUAAGGUUAAAUAAAAAAGUACCUAAGUACAUUUAUAAGAAUUACUAAUAUGUUAGUAUCAGCAAUAUAAUAUAUAACAAUUAUAUUUCAUUUAUUAUGACUUACUUAUUACAUACAUAUAAGCACAAACUUAUAGAAAACAUCAAAAUAAUGCAUUACUAUAAAAUAUGUGUAAAUAUUACCAACAUAGUUAACGGGUAGGUUUUUAUACGUAUUUAAAUUCUAUUAACAGUUAGUCCCAAUUAUUUAGGAGUUGUCGGGAAUUCUUUAAAAAACAUGAUUUGCUUCGUCUUCCACUAUCUUUUGAAAAAUUAUAUUUAUAAUAAUGUAAUCUAAGUACUUAUUAUUACUUAAAUGUUUAUUAUAAUACAAAGAUAAUAACAUUAAGUGCAUGCCUACUUGAUGAAAAUGUGUUACAACUAUCAUUCUAGCUUAUUUAUUUUAAUGUAUCUCUUAACUUCGUAUGCUCGUAUAAGCUAAUAACAUUUUUUAUGGAAAUAUGAAGAACAUACGAAAUUAAAUUAAAGACCAAAAAAUAUGAAAAUAAUUCAAAAAUAUUAGACUUAUAUAUAAAUAUAACAUCUAUUUUGUUUAUAUUUUGUAUUAUUUCGACUUCAUUAUAUAAAAUCGAACAUAUCUAAUCAUAAGAUAACUGCAUUUAUUGUUAUUUCGUGUUAAAAUGUUAUAAAAAUACUGUAAAUAAUGUUCCAUACGACUGUGACGUCAUAAACAGUCGCAAAUUAAACAUUCGUCAUAAUAAUAUGUUUCUUCUCAUUCACACCUGUGACAAUAAACGUAUUUUACGCUUUGUAGUAAUAGAUCAUAAUGCCAAAAUAAUGUAGUAACCGUUUUAUUUUAUCUAAAAUGUAUCCUUUCUACCAAACUUAUAUGUACAUAAAAUUCUAUACAAAAGCACAAAUUAAUAUCAAGACGGGUGUAAGUUGUGUUCUAAUCAAUAAAAUGUGUAACAAUGAACAAACAAAUUUGAUCUCUCCACCAUUGUUACGUAUCUCUUCACAACAGCCGACCAAUCGCAGCGCGCUUAAUCAUGGGACGAGGGUAUAUAAUUCAGGCUCAUUCAAUUCAGUUUCGUGCCAGAAUUUGACGAGCCAACAUCUCCUAAGGAUGCCUCGUGUAGAGGCGAAGCAUGUGUAGAAUUCACACAAUUGAAUAUUUUUCUUAAUUUUUUUUUUUAUUAGCCUAUUGAAUCCCACUGCUGGGAAAAGGCCUCCCCUGGUUGACUAUGGUGUUAUUAUAGGCAUCCAGAUCGACACACCAUUGUUUUUGGGGUUUACCCGUCCUGAUGAAGACCAACCAACCAAUUAUAAUUGCCCUAAAUUAAAUAUGUAUUGUCCCUGAAAGUUAGUGAAUGUCAAUUAAACAUUAGUAUUUCUUCAUUGGCUAAUUUAUCAAUGAUUAAAAAAAAUAUAAACCACUUUUAAACUUACUAACGAUGUUACAAACGAAUAAAAUCUAGUCGGCCUAAAUAAGUUCAAAAUAAAAUUAUAUUAUUUCUCUUAAAAGGUUAAUUAAGUUAAAAUUUAAGUCGAUAUAUAUACAUGGAUACUUACACUAAAAACAUGUUUAUCUUAAGCAAAACUAAACUUGUUAGUACCCCUUUAUUUCAUCGUGAAAUACCGUUUUGAAGAUGCAAUUAUUCAGGUACCUCAGAAUAAAGGGAUAUAUUAAUAACACUAGUUUUAUUCUUAAGCUCAUUAUAAACAUUAAAUCAUAUGUUUUUUGACAGGUCUAAAGGAAUAUUUAAAAUAUUAUAUGUCUAAUCAAACUUCCAAUUAUUACUACUAACAUUAAUUAUUGUUUUACUUCGAAACUCUCAUAUAUAGUUGUAAUUAUAAUUACAAAAGUUAAUUAAUCAUGGAAUUGUAACCAUCAUUGAUUUUACACUAGUUAUAUUUAUGGUGUUAUGCAAGUGAAACUGCGAAUUCCCAAAGUGAUAUUAUAUGUUGAUAAUUUUGUAAAUAAAAGCUUCGAUAUUUUAA